AUGGAAAGAUUUUUUAAGAGGAAGUCAUCAUUGGGUAGUUCGGAUAGUGUGGGUAAUUCAAGAACUUCAAGUUCAAGACAAAGUGAGUUAGAUGGGGUUUUGGCUAAUCUUCAGGCAGACCCGAGACUAAGAAUUCGUAUGAUUGAGUAUGAUACUAAUAUUAGAGAUGAGGAAUUAAUCGACGCUUCAUUCCCCAAUGGUUUGAUGAAUUUGAUUGGUUGGAGUAUAGUGUAUCUAAAGAUGCUGCAUUUUGUCUUUAUUGCUAUCUCUUUAAAUCCAAUUUUGAGCAAGUGGAUAGUGAAGCCUUCACUGGAGCAGGGUUUAAGAAUUGGAAGAAAGGGAGAGAGAAUGAAGGUGCAUGUUGGACCGGUUGGUAGUGUUCAUAAUAAAGCUGAAGAAGCUGCUACAAAUUUGAUGAAUCAAAAUACACAUAUUGAAACGGCUGUGAGCAAACACUCCGAACAAGCUCGUGUGGCAUAUCGAAUAUGCUUAAUUACUUCAAUCAAGUGCAUUAAGUUUCUAUUGAGACAAGGUCUUUCUUUCCGUCGAAAUGAUGAAAGUGCCACUUCAAGCAAUAGGAGAAAUUACUUGGAGCUAUUGCAAUUCCUUGCAGACAAUGAUGAGAAAGUUAAAGAAGUUGUGUUGGAAAAUACUCCGGGGAAUCUCAAGUUAGUAGCUCCAAAGAUUCAAAAAGAUAUUGUCAAUAAAUGUGCCGGGGAAACACUUGAUGUGGAUGAAGCACGUGAUAUUUCUGUGAAUGAGCAAAUGGCUAUGGUGUUGCGUUAUGUGGACGACAAAGGGCAUGUAAUUGAAAGGUUUAUGGGGAUUCAACAUGUUACCGACACCACUUCAAGUUCACUAAAGGAUGCCAUUGACAUAUUCUUUUCUUCCAAUGGUUUGAGCUUUUCUAAGUUACGAGGACAAGGUUAUGAUGGAGCUAGCAAUAUGAGAGGUGAGUUGAAUGGCCUCAAAACAAAUAUUUUGAGAGAACAACCUUGUGCAUACUAUGUUCAUUGCUUUGCUCAUCAAAUUCAACUAGCACUUGUUGCCGUAGCAAAGAAGAAUAUUGAUAUUGCCUCUUUCUUCACAACCACUAAUAGUGUGGUUAACCAUGUAGGAGCAUCUUGUAAGCGGCGUGAUGCACUUAGAGCACAACUUCAAGAAGAGCUUGUGAUAGCUUUUGAAAAUGAUUGUCUUAUAACGGGGCGAGGUUUGCAUCAAGAAACAAGUCUCAAACGUGCCGGUGACACACGAUGGAGCCCACAUUACGGUACCAUUAUUAGCAUCAUUUCUAUGUUUUCAUCUGUGAUUCAUGUGCUUCAAAUGAUUAUUGAUGAUAAUCCCAAUGAUAGUGCCGGUGAAGCAAAUAAGAUUCAAAGGGAAAUGCUUACUUUUCAGUUUUUGUUUCACCUAUUCUUAAUGAAAGCUAUAUUGGGACUCACAAAUGAUGUGUCACAAGCAUUGCAAAAGAAAGAUCAAGAAAUUGUGAAUGCAAUGGCUUUGGUGAAAUCAUGCAAGGACAAGCUACAUUAG